AUGUCCUUUCGCAAGCGAAAUAUUGGACUGUCAACUGGCCCGGGUCAGACACCUGCCGCCAAUUCUCCUGCACAAGCAUCACAGGCCGCUGCCGUCGCCGACUCGAGCCCUGGAAUCCGUCCCUCUCCCGAUGAUGGCAGACCAACGACGUCUACGGGUACACUGUCGCUGGAUAAUCUUUUAGCAGGACAUGGAGGACUUCCUAUUGGGAAGAUGCUGUUUAUUGAGGAAAACGGGACUACGGACUUCGCGGGCGCAUUGCUACGAUACUAUGCUGCCGAAGGAGUGGUGCAGGACCAAAAGGUUCAUGUUAUUGGAGUACCAGAACAAUGGGGAAGGAGUCUUCCUGGUUUGAUUGGCUCUGCUGAAGUUGGUGAUGAGAAGCCGGAUAGACGGAAGAGUGAGCGUAUGAAGAUUGCCUGGCGAUACGAGCGUCUGGGAGAGUUUGGCGCAGGAGUUGCGGGAUCGCGAGGCCCCGUGGCAUCUGAACAGAAUCAGAGCACAGAUGCAAACAAGGUGAAACCAGCAUUCUGCCAUUCUUUUGACCUCACAAGACGCCUUACCCAUCCCUCCAUUGCGAAAAUGAACUUCAUCCCGUUCGCACCCACAAGAGAGCCAUUCUUCGCUUCCAUUUAUAAACGACUUCAAAGCGCUAUUGCAUCAAGCCCUCCACAUACCGUGCACCGCAUCGUCAUCCCAUCCUUGCUCAGUCCCACCAUGUAUCCCCCGGAAGUGAGCCAGCCAGACAAUGUUCUCCCGUUCCUUCACUCCCUCAGAGCUCUUCUGAAUACUCCCAACGCGCGCAUUACAGCCAUUAUCACCAUUCCCUUGUCACUAUUUCCCCGCGAGUCAGGCCUCAUACGAUGGAUGGAGCUGAUCAGCGAUGGUGUUAUCGAACUGUGUCCUUUCCCUCACUCCGCGGAUGCGCUGGCGACAUCAGGAGCGGCGACUUCCGGAGAAGAACCACCCCAGGGGAUGCUGAAGACACAUCGACUACCGGUGCUGCAUGAACGUGGUGGCGGUAGUGAUCAAAAUAUCGGGCAGGAUUGGGCGUUCAAUCUGAGCAGACGAAAGUUUGAGAUCAAACCAUUCAGCUUACCGCCGGAGGAGGGCGACAAGGAAGCUCAAGGCGGAGCGGCAGCGGGUGGAAUGCCCAAGAAGGAGGACCUAGAAUUCUAA